AUGGGAAGACCACUUAAAGUUGCCGCUGCCCAAGUAGGUGCAGUACACCGAACGACCAGUAGAGCAGAGGUGUUGGAUAGACUGGUCAAACUACUCGAAGAUGCUUCUACACAAGAUGUGAAGCUCAUAGUAUUUCCCGAAACCACUUUCACUACCUUCUUCCCCCGUUACUACAUCACCGAUGAUGAAGAGCUAGCAAGCUACUACGAGUAUGAAACAGCUGAGACUGGACCGGUGACUCAAACGAAGAACGUCAAGGCUUUUUUCCACAGAGCGAAAGAAUUAGGAAUUGACGUUCAAAUUGGGUAUGGAGAAGAUACAGGAAAAGGAAGGUACAACACUGCGGUAUAUGUCAGCGGGCAAACGGGAGAUGUGUUGAACAAGUACCGAAAAGUGCAUCUGCCAGGAUCGACUGAACCUUUCGACCUCGACCCAAAUACUACAAACCAGCUGGAAAAGAGAUACUUCCUUCCGGGUAAUUAUGGUUUCCAGGCGUUCCGAGCCAGCUCAUUGAAUGAGACUUGUGGAGGAUCAAGCCCCAUAGUCGGACAACUGAUAUGUAAUGAUCGAAGAUGGGCAGAAGGCUGGAGGUGCUACGGAUUACAAGGUGUGGAGAUCCUCUGUUGCGGUUAUAACACUACCGCCUACGCUCCUCAGCUAUGGGGCGGUGAUCAGAAUAUCUCUAGGGAGAAGGCCUACGAGGAAGCCAUGUUUCACCACAAAUUGGUAGUGCAAGCUCAUGCGUAUACCAACUCCAUGUUCUGCAUUACUGCUGCUCGAGCAGGUAACGAUGAUGAUCGCCAUCCACUCAUCCCUGGAUCCAUGAUUGUGGACCCAGAAGGUCAUAUAGUCGCAGAGAGUAAGACCGAAGAGGACGAGCUGGUAGUUGCUACCAUUGACUUGGAUGACUGUAAACAAGGGAAAGAGAGGACAUUCAAUUUGGGUAAACAUAGAAGACCCGAAAUGUAUGGUAGGCUGGCAGAAGAGGGCGGUGUCAAGCCGCCACCCGAUGUAUGA